CUCCUCCGUCGUCUGCCACAACUAUCGGUCCUCACUCCCUAAUCACACGAGAGGCAGUGCCUGCUUUGAGAUACUCGGCUUUGACAUACUCCUAGACCGCAAACUCAAGCCCUGGCUGAUGGAAGUGAACAGGUCCCCCAGUUUCCAUACUGACUCCCCACUGGAUAAGGAAGUGAAGGAGGCUUUGAUAUAUGAUACACUGGAUCUCAUUGACCUCUUUGCUAAUGAUAGGAAGAGAUGUCUGGAGGAGGAGAAACAGAGAGCAAGGGAUAGGCUGUUACAGAAGGCAAGAUCUAAGGACUCAAGUCAAGAGAGAGACAUUAGACUGAAAUAUGAAGCUCAGUUUGAAAAAUACGAAGAGACUCACUGUGGAGGCUAUAGGAGGAUAUACCCACGAGAUGGGAACGAGGAGAAAUAUCAAAAAUACUUUAACCAGAACACCUCACUGUGCACCCAAACCAUAGCCUCUAGAGCAAGGGCUGAUCUUGCUAGACAGCUAAGAGAACAAGUCGAAGCAAAACAGAAAGAACUGGAGAGGUAGGGGGCAAUAGCGAAGCCUAGU